GGGACAGCCCCAGGAGCUCGGGGCAGGGCUCCGUGGGUGGGGCUAGGACGUGAGGGCAGCGCGCUGGCGUCACAGGGGCGGCUAUAUAAGUGAGUGCCGGCGCCGCCCCCCCGCCCCAGUCACUGAGCCGCCGCCGAGGACUCAGCAGCCUCCCCCUCGAGCCCCCUCGCUUCCCGACGCUCCGUCCCCCCCGCCCGCCUUCUCCCGCCACCGCCUUCCGCAGGCCGUUUCCACCGAGGAAAAGGAAUCGUAUCGUAUGUCCGCUAUCCAGAACCUCCACUCUUUCGACCCCUUUGCUGAUGCAAGUAAGGGUGAUGACCUGCUUCCUGCUGGGACUGAGGAUUAUAUCCAUAUAAGAAUUCAACAGAGAAACGGCAGGAAGACCCUCACUACUGUCCAGGGGAUCGCUGAUGAUUACGAUAAAAAGAAACUAGUGAAGGCAUUUAAGAAGAAAUUUGCCUGCAAUGGUACUGUAAUUGAGCAUCCAGAAUAUGGAGAAGUAAUUCAGCUACAGGGUGACCAGCGCAAGAACAUAUGCCAGUUCCUCGUCGAGAUUGGACUGGCUAAGGACGACCAGCUGAAGGUUCAUGGGUUUUAAGUGCUUGUGGCUCACUGAAGCUUAAGUGAGGAUUUCCUUGCAAUGAGUAGAAAAAUUCCCUUCUGUCCCUUGUCACAAGUUUAAAAACCUCACAGCUUGUAUAAUGUAACCAUUUGGGGUCCGCUGUUUAACUUGGACUAGUGUAACUCAUUCAUGUAAUAAACUGAAAAGAGCCAUGCUGUCUAGUCUUGCAGUCCCUCAUUUAAACAGAGGUAAAGCCUGGCGGUGUCCAGCCUGAAACACAAAUAAUCUGAUGUUUCAGUCAAGUCCAAAGCCCUAGUAGCAUCUGAGACCAUGUCUGUCCAGAGGCUCCUUGCUGCUCUCUGUCCAUUUAAGAGAAUAUUACUACUCCCUGAGCUGCCCUUGAUGCUCAGAAGAGUAAGUUAAGGCCACUACCACCCAGUCCAGUUAUUACACCAAGACAAAGAGUUAGCCUUUGGUAGCAGAACAGGGAUUCCCCUGGUGACUUGCACCACCUGACCAGGGAAGAGUUUCAUUUGGGGGCAAUGACAGGACAUUUUCUUACAUCACACCAAGGUCCAAUGUUGUCUGACCAGACUUUUUAGUCAUAAUUGUGCCCUACCUCUGGGGGAUGCACAAGUGGAGAAAAACACCAUACUGUGAGGCCAGCUUUACCUGAAUUAAACUUUUGACAAGGGAACAAAUUUUGAACUAAUGUAUCAAAACAGUCGAUGUAGUAACUGCGGAGCUUGCAAUUUACUAGCAACAGCUGCCCAUUGCCAUGUGAAGUAACAGACUGGUUUGGUUUUGGUUUUUUCUUUUUUCCUUUUUUUUUUUUUAGUUUAAAUGUUAUGUAAUGUAUUUAAACUCUUAUUUAAAUAAAACUGGUUUUCAGAAAUGUGA